CCCAUCCCUCGUCCCCAUCUCCAUCCUCGCUCUUUUCCCCCUCCCCUUCCUCAUCCUUGUCCUCACCCCCAUCCCCUUCCUCCUCCCUGUCCCUAUCCUCAUCCUUGUCCUCAUCCCCAUCCCUUGUCCUCAUUCACAUCCCAUUUCUCAUCCCUAUCUCCAUCCUCCUCCCCGCUGCCUUCUCCAGCAGGGACCAUCCCUGCCUCCAUCCCUCCAUCCUGGGGGGGGACGGACAGACCGUCCUCAGCUCUCUCUUACCAUUCCCUGGAGUUGGAACUCCUUCCCCUGCAAACUCUUGCUCUCUCCGUGGGCUCCUAGGGUCUUCGUUCUCUGUCGUGGGGAGGAAAAAGCAGGGAAUCUGGGACAGAGGGAGCCCCUUGCCCUGCCAGUUCCUGGAUGCUGAGCGCCUCCUGCCCAUGCACCUGAUGAGCACGUGAAGAAGCCGCUGACCAGGAGAGGAGCUCUCGGCAGCUGCUAAGAUGGGCAUGAGGAUCAAGCUGCACAGCACCAACCACCCCAACAACCUGCUGAAGGAGCUCAACAAGUGUAGGCUCUCCGAGACCAUGUGCGAUGUCACCAUCUUGGUGGGCACCCGCUCCUUCGCAGCACACAAGGCUGUCCUGGCGUGCGCCGCGGGCUACUUCCAGAACCUCUUUCUGAACACGGGACUGGAUGCUGCCAGGACCUAUGUUGUGGAUUUCAUAACGCCGGCCAACUUCGAGAAGAUCCUCAGCUUUGUGUACACCUCGGAGCUCUUCACAGACCUGAUCAACGUGGGCGUCAUUUACGAGGUGGCGGAGCGGCUGGGCAUGGACGAUCUGCUGAAGGCUUGCCACUCAACCUUCCCAGACCUGGAGAGCUCGGCCAUCCCGAAGCAGCCCUCUCUGGCCAUGAGCGAGGGCCGAUCCGGCCCCCUGAGCAGCACCUCCUCGGAGCAGAGCCACUCUUUGGGUGAAAUCCGGAGCGGUGGGGAGCAUUUUGGCCCUGAACGGAAUUACAUCUUGCAUGGGGAAGUGGGAGGUAGCUACAAAGAGGACGACAGGAAUACCGUGAGUGAAAUCAGCCAGACGCUUCCCCUGAUGCACCCGCAGCAGCCUCCCAAGGCGGAACAGGAAUCGGAGCAAGGGCCAUUUGCUCCUGCCGCGAGCCUGGUGACCCAGCCCAGCCUGAACAUCGUGGUUCAGACCACCGCAAGCUCCUGCCAGCAAUACAAGGUCCAGAGCAAUGGUGACUAUGGCAAGGGAGGCUUCUUCACCGCCGAUCCUUCCCUUGACGUCUCCACAGGGAGCAAUUCCUGUCCCAGCAACAGCGACCACUCCAAAGAGCAAGGUUUUGGGCAGAUGGAUGAGCUUCAGCUGGAGGAUUUGGGUGAGGAUGAGCUCCAAUUUGAAGAUGCUGGGGAAGAACUGGGCCCGUCGGAAGAGGUUAUUGAGCUGAGUGAUGACAGCGAAGAGGAACUGGCCUUCGAGAGCGACAGCCGGGACAGCAAGGCCAUGCCCUGCCAGGUGUGCAAGAAGGUCCUGGAGCCCAAUAUCCAGCUGAUCCGCCAGCACGCCAGAGACCACGUGGAUCUCCUCACCGGGAACUGCAAAGUCUGUGAAACCCACUUCCAGGACCGGAACUCCAGGGUCACUCAUGUUCUGUCCCACAUCGGCAUCUUUCUCUUCUCCUGCGACAUGUGCGAGACCAAGUUCUUCACCCAGUGGCAGCUGACGCUCCACCGACGGGACGGGGUCUUUGACAACAACGUCAUCGUGCACCCCAGUGACCCGCUGCCGGGAAAGGUGGCCGUCUUUGGGGGAGGUCCUGGCGCAGAGCUGGCAUGCACGGCCUGCGGGAAGCCUUUGGCCAAAGAUUUCCACACCGUCCGCAACCAUAUCCUGGACCACGUGAACUUGAAAAGCCAGACGUGCGGUGUGUGUGACCAGAGGCACCUCAGCCUCUGCAGCCUCAUGUGGCACACGCUGUCCCACCUGGGCGUCUCCGUCUUCUCCUGCUCCAUUUGUGCCAGUAGCUUCGUGGAUCGGCACCUCCUGGAGAAGCACUUGGCCGUUCACCAGAACAUGGAAGAGGCUCUUUUCCGCUGCCACUUCUGCGGACAGAGCUUCAAGCUGGAAGCGGCGUAUCGCUACCAUGUCAGCCAGCACAAGUGCGGAGGCAGCCUGGACAUCCGACCCAGCUUCGGAGACCGACUCCAGCAGCAAAGCCAGCAGAAGAGGAAGCUGCCGGAGGAGUUCUUGAGCGAAGACCUGGCGCUACAAAGCCAGCCGGGCAACAGCAAGUACAGCUGCAAAGUUUGCGGGAAGAGGUUUGCCCACACCAGUGAAUUCAACUACCACCGGAGGAUCCAUACUGGAGAGAAGCCCUAUCAGUGCAAAGUGUGCCACAAGUUCUUCCGCGGCCGCUCUACCAUCAAGUGCCACCUGCGGACGCAUUCGGGAGCACUCAUGUACCGCUGCACCGUCUGCGGGCACUACAGCUCCACGCUCAACCUGAUGAGCAAGCACAUAGGCGUGCACAAGGGCAGCCUCCCGCCCGACUUCACCAUCGAACAGACUUUCAUGUACAUCAUCCAUUCCAAAGACGCCGAGAAAAACACGGACAGCUGAUGGGGUGAGGAAGGGCAGGGCCAGCAAAGAAGCAAAUGCAACGUACGGAAGCUGUGGAAAACAUGUCGUUUGUUUUAUUUAAUGGUCAGGCAUCGUGGAUGAAUCCUCCUCCUUUAUGUUUGGAUUUUUUUGGCCUUGCUAGGGCGUUUUUAGAUGGUGGCAUUGUACAAAUCAACAGCACGUAAGCUACAUCACUGUCCCGAGAAGUCUGUCGUGUUUACUUACCUCUGGUCCUGUUAGAGGCCAUCAAGUUCUGUGUUUUUAGCGUUUCUCACUAGGUUUUGAAUCUAGAUUUAUUUUUGUUUUAACCCUUUUAGCCCACUUGACUAGGCUGACCCCCGUCUGAGCUUGUCCACAAACUGAUGCUGCUAAGAUUUUUCACACUUGACCUCAGUAGAGAGGUGCAGAGCCAGAGAAGGAUGGUGCUGGACUGGGAGAAAAGGAAAGAAAAAGAAGGAAAAUAGGAAAAAGACUUGUUGGCAUCGCUGGGGUCCUGCUGCUGUCGCCAGGAGAUGAGGAAAGGCCGUGUCACGGAAUCGUGGGUCUUAAAGCUGUUGCUUCAUUGCAGGGGAGAUGAGGAGGCAGCGCAGAGGAGGAGGGAUGAAUGGGAAGGAAGAUGACUGCCACCGGCAAGGGCAGUUCCCCGGCAGUGCCGCUGGUCACCGGGAACCCUGCCUGAGCCGGGAGCAUGGCCGGGGUUUCUCUGCCAUGCGUGGGACAUGCUGCUCACCCCAUGAACCCAUCUCUGAGGGAUGAGUGAAGGAGCGACACCAGCUCACAGAAGAGCCUGAGCGUCGGUCGGGGCGGCCGCACAGCCAGGAAGAGGCGGAUACGCAGAUCUCUCAGGAGUCGCUGGACUGGAGAGGGCAAGGGAGGCAGGUUCGUGCCAUGGGGUCAGCUGCUCUUUUGGGAUGACACGGUGACGCAUGGCUUCUGCCAGCCUGCACCUCGCGCCGGCGUCUCCUCGCGUAUCCUCUGCUGGUGGCAGCCGUGCACAUGGAGCUCUGCUGGCAUGGUGCAUCCCAGGGCUGCCAGGUGCCGGAUGCCAGCGAGCGGCUUUGUGGCGACUGCGCGGAUCCAGCAGAUGAGAUGUGAUGAAGCUGUUGCCUUCUCUCCCAGGAAGGCACCUCUGCGAAGGACUCCUCUCUGUGGAAGGGAAAGGCCCCUCCCGUGGCUGCCGCUAUGGAUCCCCGUGUCCUGGACACGGCGAAUGUGUGCUGGUGCGAUGUGAGCUGUUCAGCUUUUGUCAAACUGGGCUGGAAGGGCAGCAGGCGCCAUCUGGGGCCACGCAUGAACCGCCCUGGGAGUCGGCAGCCGCUGCCAGUGGGAGCUUUGGCUCAGCAUCUCCUGGACGUGUGUCGGGCACCGGCUGCGUGCUCCUUGGUGUGGUGGGUUCAGCCGCGUCCCAGCAGUGUUUACACCAGGAAGGGUGGGGAUCGGCUUUUUCCCCUGUUAUCCUGCUGUGGGGCAGAGGUGGAGAGGAGCCAGCAUUCCCAGCGCUGCAGCCGGGCUCCGACUGCCCUCGGUAACUCAUUCUACCUCACAAACAGGAAGCGCUUGGGACUUUGGAACCACAAAUCGUGGUAAAUCGGCCCCUGCGCUCCUGUAAAGAUGUGCUGUUACAAAACAAAACUCGUGAUUUUCCAAACCGUGUGAACUCAUCCCGCUUUCCCCCCCCCCCCUUGGAGGGACAACCCGUGGCAGAGGAGCGGUGUGGCUGGUGGCUAGGAAUUCCAGGGGUCGCUUGCCCCUCUCCAUGUGGCCUUGGGCAAGUCACGUUACCGCUUUUGCCUCAGUUUCCUCAUCUGUAAAAUGAGGGUGGCGACUCUUGUGGUACCUACCUACCUCCCGGGAGCGCGGUGGCUGGCUUUGCCUACAGGUGUGUGGGAGACGCGGAGCGCUCGGUGAGUGCUGAUCUUUAGAAUCCAAGGGGAAUGACAUCCUCCAGGCUUUCUUCUUCUGUACCAGCUCCUUCCAGGUUUGCUCCUGUUCCAGCUUCCUUGGCCAAAGCAAAGCUCCCUUUAGCCCUGUCCUCAUCCCAGCGAUGUACGGAGUGGAGCUGGCUCAGCGCUGCUGCGUCUGUGGGAAGCGGUGCUGGGAGUGGGAAGCAGGAAUGCGUGCGUGGAGUCCGUGGCACUGGGAUCUCCCCUGGGGUUUGCUGGGUGCGUGGCUGUUGCGAGCAGGAGGAAUUCCCAUCCCGGGCAGAGAGAAGCUGGUGGGUGCAGCUGCUGAAGCCCCUGCCCUUCAGCUCCAUCGGAAGCUGCGGAUGCAGCAUCGGUCCAGCCCCACUGUGACAGGGGAAGAGGUGAGUCGGUGUCCGGCUGUAUCCCUGCCGGUGGCACUGAAUCCCAGCUGGACCAAACGACCCUUCCAGGCAGCUGCUUCAUCUUGAGCUUGUGUCAUCUGCAGCCCCAGCUCCAACCCGGAGCUGGGG